AAAGCAUAUUAAAAGCUAGACCAUGCUCGUAUUCUUUUUGUACUCUCUCACCGGUCCGGUGGUUCCUCCCUGUCAUCUUCAACCUCAGGGCUUUCUCUUUCUCUGUGUCUGAGCUCGACAUUGCUCAAAGUCUUUGUUUCGUUCCAUUCGAGUUGCGAUCCAUGACGACACCAUCUUCUUCCUCCUCCUCAGCUCCGCAAUCGCAAUUCACCUAUUCCAACCCCUCCUCCUACUUCCCUGUGCCCUUUCAUCUACAGCAACCUGCAACCACUCACUAUGCUGCACCCUAUGUUGCUGCUCCGUCCGUGCAAAUCCCGGCACCUCCCAUCGUCGGUCCUGUUGUGCCAGCACCGGUGGCAGGGGUAUACUCCACUGUGCCACAAUAUCAGGCACAACAGUUAUUUGAGAGGGAUGCACAGAUAAUAACGCCGGAAGCUCUUGAGAAUGUUAAGGCAGCAAUUGCAAGCAGCGAUGUCGAGCACAAAGCAGACGCCAAAAAGAAAGCAGUUCCUCGCAAAGCUGCUGGCCAAUCUUGGGAGGAUCCCAUCCUCGCAGAGUGGCCAGAAGAUGAUUAUCGGCUCUUUUGCGGCGAUCUUGGUAAUGAAGUGAAUGAUGAUGUUCUUUCAAAAGCAUUUUCACGAUUCCCUUCCUUUAACUUGGCACGGGUUGUCAGAGAUAAACGGACUGGUAAAACAAAAGGUUAUGGAUUUGUGAGCUUUGCCAAUCCUGCUGACCUUGCUGCUGCUGUUAAAGAAAUGAAUGGAAAGUAUGUUGGAAAUCGGCCGAUAAAACUACGCAAGAGUAAGUGGAAGGAGAGGACAGAUUAUGAAGCACUGGAAAAACAGAAGAAUCACAUUCAAAAGAAACCGAAAUUGCCAAGGAAAGGCGUGCUGCACAAGUGACAAAAGGCCAGAAUCUGUGUAAAUCAGAUUACUAAUUUAACUAAGUAUAUGAUAGGGUUAAGAGAAUGCCUAAACCUCUUGUUACCAAAGUGUAUGUUAGGCACCAGCCUAGCAGUAAUAAGAAUAACUAACCAAACUCUGUUAGCAAUAACUAACUGAAUUCUGUUAGUUAAAGAAUCCUAUAAAUAAGAGCUCUAACUAAUGGGAAGGGAGUUUUUUGAGCAUAUUGUGAUUUGGAGACUAACUGAAUUGGGAUUCAGUUAGAGUUGGGUACAGAAGUUCAACUGAAUCCCAAUUCAGUUGAACCUUUUUCAGUUGUAAUUCUCUGUUCUAAGUUCUUCUUCUAUAAGCAAUAAAGAUUCUCAGUUUUGCUCUUU